UUGAAGCCGAUCGAUGUCGUUUUACAAACAUGCAACAUUCGAGGUUGGACCUACUCGGGUGAACCCAAUCCAGGAUUCCAACCGUUGGAGGGAGCGAACACUCAUUGAAGGUUGUCAUGCGAAUCACACGGCAAACAUGCUCUGCGUAUCUCCCAGUCCAUAUCGAUGGGAAGAAAAUCCAAUUUCCAAUCAAGUAUUUCGUCGUCGAGCCAAAGCUCCAAAAGAUUUGAACAAGGAAAUUUUGACAGCAAAUGAAAUGAUGAAGCAAGCAGUGCGGCUCAGAAAACAUUUUCAGCAGGACAUCCAGGCUGCUGGCAUAGCAAUCAAUGCAAACCAAGCGAAGCCAUCAGUCCUACCAACCUCAGCUUCACCCGAAUGGCUGCCACCUGCACCUGUUCGCUGUGAGACUCCUGGGACUCCGCUUGUUUACGAGGUGCAGCUGGAGCGUCAAAGACGACAAGAAGCUGAAGACGAGAUCGAUCGCCUUAAGGCUGAACUCAGGGCCUGCCGGAGUAGAACGUCCUCCACAACCACCACAAGAAGUUCUGGCCAUUGGCCCUCGAGGGAAACACAAACUCCUCGUUCAACUUCGCGUUCAGCGCAUUUGGAUGCAAUCAAUUGCUUUGGUGAGCCACCUCGGGGCACAAAAGGCUUGCCCUUAAUAAUGAUGUGGAGGACCCAAUGGGGCGGACAGAGCACGAAAAAAAGUGGCAGCGGCAGCACGGACGCGUUGUCCGUACACUGCUUCUGCCUUCACUGUACAAUCGAACCCAGUUUCUGGAAAUUCCUGAAAGACUCUGAAAGUCCCAAGCGGCUGAGCAGUGCUGCUUCGAGGCUCAUUGGAAGAGGCUUGAUGUCUCGAAUGGGAUGUGAAAUUGAGUGUUUCACUCAGGUGGAUGUUGUACACAGCAGAAGCCAACACGGCUUCGUUACAUUGAACCAAUCCUCUUAGCUUCAGAGUGAUGAUCCAAGCCAAUCCAAG